CUUGACUUGUAGGCAACUCUGGUGAAGUGCAUGUUUUUCAGAGUGUUCUGGUGCUAUGUGGACCGCAGGCUCAGUCCUGAAGGCAGUGGGGCUGUUUGUGGCUCACCUCCUCAGCUCCAUCACCGACUGUUUCCAAACCAAAGCAGCCUGGGCUGACCUCAGGGUGUUGCAGGAGACAGAGCUCAAGACCACCGGAGGAGUCCAUGAGCGCUACAAAGCAAAGGCUCUGUGGGAGAAGACUGGAGCCGUGGUGAUGGUAGUGCGUCGGCCUGGUUCACUUUUAUGCAGAGAGGAGGCUGCAGAGCUGUCCUCUCUCCAGCCCCAGCUGCAGAACGUGGGCGUUCCUCUCUUUGCUGUGGUCAAACAAAACAUUGGGAAAGAACUAGACACUUUUAAAAAAUACUUCUCUGGAAAGGUCUAUGUGGACCAGCAGAGAAAUUUUUACGGCCCUGUCCAGCGGUGGAUGUUCCUCUCUCUGUUUCUGCGCAUUGGGGUGUGGAGGAGCCUUUGGCGGGCCUACAGAAGGGGGUUCAGGGGGAACCUUCGGGGUGAAGGCUUCGUCCUGGGGGGAGUGUUUGUGAUUGGACCAGAAGACCAGGGCAUUCUUCUGGAGCACAGAGAGAAGGAGUUUGGGGAUAAAGUCAACAUGUUGGCAGUCCUCACAGCAGUCCGCAAAAUGCAAAAGAACAUUGAAUAGACCUUCACUGAGGCCAUAAGUUAUGUAAGAGCAUGAU